AUGGAGCGAGCAAAAACAGAAGUGGAGAAGAAAGUGUCAAAACUUUUAAAAUUCAUCCAAAACAAAAACAAGAUUCCGAAAGAUUCAAAGAGAGAGCUUCUUGCUAUUGUUAACGACCUUCAAGAACAGUAUCAAUCUCUCUAUUCUACCAUUGAUAAUUUUCAACAAGAUUUAGAUCCGAAAAGCGUAAGAAAAGGGAAAUCGCGUGUUCCUUCAUCGAGUUCGGAUGUGGAAUAUUACUCUUCAGAGGAAAUAGAGACUGAUCUUGUUGAUGAAGGAAGUGAAUUUGUUGAGCUUAAAGGCAAGCUAGAAGCAUUGAGGAAUGAGUCCGAAGAGAAAGAACGGGAAUUGAGUUCGCGCGUGAAAGAUCUAGAACGCGAGCUAGGUGAAGCGAAAGCUGAGUGCGCUCGAAAAGGAGAUUUAGAAGAAGAGAUUGCAAUGAAAGCUAGUGAAAGUAAGCAAUUAGGAGAGAAGAAUAAAGGGCUUAGAUCUACGAUUUCCGGUUUGGAAUUGGUUUUGAAAGAGAAAGGAGAUGAGAUAUCAACACUUGUGGACAGGUUUGGGAAUAGUGAGUUAGGUUUAACAUCGAGGAUCGAAGAAUUGAAAUGCCAAUUGAAAAAUUUGGAACAAGAAGUUGGUUUUCUUCGCGCACGAAACACAAGUUUUGAAGCUAAGAGACUUGAGGAGCAAGAACAUGUUAAGGGCUUGAUGGAUCAGGUAAAUGGUAUGAAAUAUGAGCUUGAAUCAUUGCGGAACCAGAAAGAUGAAUUUGAAGCAAACUUGGAGAAGAAAGUCGAAGAAGUUACCGAGACAAAGAUGGAAUUGGAGAGUUUUAAAGAAGAAACAGAGGAACAGAGGGAUAAACUGAAUGAAGAGAUUGACCAUCUUAGAGGAGAAAAUCAGAAGUUGCACACAAGAAUCGAAGAGCUCGAUUCAUUACAUAUGGAGACAGAAGCGAAGAACACUAAAGAAAAUGAAGAUAAGAGCAAGAAGUUGGACAUUCACGUUUCUGAUCAGAAGAAAUUUGUCAAGGAACAAGAUGAUACUAUUCGAAGAUUAACGGCGAAAAUCAAGGAUCAACAAAGACUUCUCAAAGAACAAAAAGAAACUAUUGACAAAUUCUCUGAAGAUAUGAAGCAAACAAAACGUUGGUCAUUCGGUUCAAGCCGUGAUCCGAAACUGAAUCCAUAUGCCGUAGAGAAGAAAAUGGAAGAAUUAGCUGAAGAUUUCCGGAUGAAGAUUGAAGAUCAUAUAAGGAUACUAUACAGAAGAAUCCAUGUAGCUGAACAAAUACACUUAGAGAGCAAGAACGACUACAUCAAAACACGAGACAUAGUUCAAGAAAACAAAGAAAAUAAAGAAAGUUUGAUAUUUUUCGAAACCCAUUUCAAGAAAAUCAAAGACGUUUGGGAAAAAGGGUACUCGAGAUUUAUGGAGAAGCUAGAAGAAGCAGAGGAACACACCGACCGAGUUGCUAGACUAGCGAAGGAGAUUGAUUCAGCGAAGAUUUGGGUGCGUGAGAAGAAGAGCGAGGUAGAAACCGUAGCCGCGGAGCUAGAAUGUAAAGAAGCUCAAGAAACUUUGUUGAAGGAGAAGUUAUCUAAGCUUGAGAAGAAACUUGCGGAAGAAGGAACAGAUAAACUGAGUUUAGCCAAAGUUUUGAGCAAAUUUGAAGGGAGAAACAAAGAGCUUGAGAUCAAAAUGAAGCGACGAGAAGUUGAAUUGUUGAGCUUAGGGGAAGAGAAGAGAGAAGCAAUAAGACAACUUUGUGUUCUUGCGGACUAUCAAAGAGAUCGAUAUGAUGAACUCAAGAAAUCAAUCUUAAAGGUUUCUCCUAAGACCUAA